AUGUCGCUCAGUGCGCGGGCCGCGGCCGCCGACGACGGGAGCUCGAACGGCGGCGCCAUGGCUAAGAACCUUGAAGGUUACGUGGGAUUUGCAAAUCUCCCAAAUCAAGUGUACAGAAAAUCAGUGAAGAGAGGGUUUGAAUUCACACUCAUGGUAGUAGGUGAAUCUGGAUUGGGAAAGUCAACGUUGAUCAACUCCUUGUUCCUGACAGACUUGUAUUCCCCAGAAUAUCCAGGUCCUUCACAUAGAAUUAAAAAGACUGUCCAAGUGGAGCAGUCCAAAGUUUUAAUCAAAGAAGGCGGUGUUCAGUUGUUACUCACAAUCGUUGAUACUCCGGGAUUUGGAGAUGCCGUGGACAACAGUAACUGUUGGCAGCCCGUUAUUGACUACAUUGACAGUAAAUUUGAGGACUACCUGAACGCGGAAUCUCGGGUCAACAGACGUCAGAUGCCCGACAACAGAGUGCAGUGCUGUUUGUACUUCAUCGCUCCUUCGGGACACGGACUUAAACCAUUGGAUAUUGAAUUUAUGAAGCGCUUGCAUGAAAAAGUGAACAUCAUCCCGCUCAUUGCCAAAGCAGACACACUCACGCCUGAGGAAUGCCAGCAAUUUAAAAAGCAGAUAAUGAAAGAAAUCCAAGAACACAAAAUUAAGAUAUAUGAAUUCCCAGAAACAGAUGAUGAAGAAGAAAAUAAACUGGUUAAAAAGAUAAAGGAUCGUUUACCUCUCGCAGUGGUCGGGAGCAAUACCAUCAUCGAAGUCAACGGCAAAAGGGUCCGAGGACGGCAGUAUCCUUGGGGCGUGGCUGAAGUGGAAAAUGGUGAACAUUGCGAUUUCACAAUUCUAAGGAACAUGUUAAUAAGAACUCACAUGCAGGACCUGAAGGAUGUGACCAACAAUGUGCACUAUGAGAAUUACAGGAGCCGAAAGCUGGCGGCGGUGACAUACAAUGGAGUUGACAACAACAAAAACAAAGGACAGCUCACAAAAUUUGACACAGUUGAAGGCAUGAGUCCUCUCGCGCAGAUGGAAGAAGAAAGGCGGGAGCAUGUGGCAAAAAUGAAAAAGAUGGAGAUGGAGAUGGAGCAGGUGUUUGAAAUGAAGGUCAAAGAGAAAGUUCAGAAGCUGAAGGACUCUGAAGCUGAGCUCCAGCGGCGUCAUGAGCAAAUGAAAAAGAAUUUAGAGGCCCAGCACAAGGAACUAGAAGAAAAACGGCGUCAGUUUGAGGAUGAAAAAGCAAACUGGGAAGCACAGCAGCGUAUUUUGGAACAACAGAAUUCUUCCAGGACCUUGGAAAAGAACAAGAAAAAAGGGAAGAUCUUUUAAACCCAUUUAUUGACCACCAGUUAUGUAUUAGUUGCCAAUAUGCCAGCCUGGACGUCAGUGUUUGUUGGAUCCGUUUGACCAAUUUUGCACCAGUUGUAUCCAUAAUGAUGGAUAUAACAGCAUGACUCAACUUUUUUCUUCUUCUUUUUUGUUUUCUUUUCGGUUAUUAAUGGAGAUUAAGAUGCCUUGAAUCGUCUAGGGUGUUAUGUACUUGGUAACAGCUCUAAGUACCUUUCCUAUUUUUUCUUUCCUUUCUUAUAAUUUUUUUUAAAAAAAAACAGAUGGUCUUCAUUUAGCGCAAGAGAACAUUUUACUGUUGUACAAUCAUGUUCUGGUGGUUUGAUUGUUUACAGGAUAUUCCAAGAUAAAAGGACUUUAGAAGGUUUUCAUUGAGGAUAAAUUGCCAUAAGAUACAAACUAUGCUUCUCUAUUAUAAUUAUAAUAAAAGAAUUCCCGUCAGUGCAGCAUAUACGAUAAUGUAAUUUAGUCUAACACAGUUGACCCUAUUUUUGACACUUCCAUUGUUUAGAAUACAUAUGGAAAAAGAGAAACCUAUAGGCUUACAGCGCACCUAAAGCUUUUUAUAACAAUCCUUUUUUUUGUUUUGGAUUCUUCAAAUAUAUGCUAGUCUUAGUGACUUCCUUAGCCAGAAGACUUUCAUUAUUGCUUCAUUUUUGUAAUAACAUUUAAUUUAGAUAUUUUCCAUAUACUGGCCCAGCUAAAAUAGAAUAGAGCAUCUUUCAUAUGGUAAGAACCAGUGAAUAAAACUUUCCUUUACCUCCCUUUUUACAUUUUGUGGUAAGUAGCAGGAAAAUGCAUUUAUAGUUCAUUUCUAGGCAAAAUUGUGGAGUUUAACAACCAUCUCGUUUCUACCUGUGUGCAGUCUCUCCUUUAUUUGACUAGAAAUGGGGAUCAUGGCCUCUAGAAGAGAAAAAGUCACCAUUCUGCAUUUAGCUGUAUUCAUAUAUUGGAUUUCUGUAUUUUUUUUUGGUUUGUAUUGUAAAAAGUCACAUAAUAAAUAAUGUUGUGAUGUAA